UUUUAUCUGUGGGCCUACAUACCAUUUAUUAUUGAAGACAAUUUUGCCUUGGAAGCGCAAGAAUCUUUACCCCAUUAUGCAUAAGCCAUGAUUCACAAGUUUUAACUCCCUUUGAAACCAGCCUCUCUCAAGAUGGCGUAUCUAUCUGACCGUAUGACACAAUCUGACGUAACGCACCUACUGACCUCAAUUGACGUGUGGACGUCAGAUUGUCUAUCCCAGCUCUUGAGAUAAAUUCAUCAUGGCAUUAAGAAGCGCCCUGUGUCGUCUUCUCAGCCGACCACAGAGUUGUAUUGUCACUUCAGCUCACGGCACUGCAGCACCUGCCCAGUGGGGGGCAGAGAAGAGAGGUGAGAAGAAGCAUGCUAAAGCUCCUACCGUACAGUUUAACUGGCGUGAUGCUCUGGACCUGGAGGGGCUGUUGACCGAGGAGGAGAUCAUGAUCCGUGACACGUUCCGCACCUACUGCCAAGAGAAACUUAUGCCACGCAUACUGAUGGCCAACAGACAUGAAGUUUUUCACCGUGAAAUCUUGAAUGAAAUGGGUGAGCUGGGAGUUUUGGGCUCCACCAUUAAAGACUAUGGCUGUGCUGGUACAAGCUAUGUGGCAUAUGGGCUGAUUGCACGUGAAGUAGAGAGAGUGGACAGUGGCUACCGUUCAGUCAUGAGUGUGCAGUCCUCCCUGGUCAUGCACCCCAUCAAUGCCUAUGGCACAGAGGAGCAGAAGCAAAAAUACCUCCCCAGACUAGCACGAGGAGAGAUUCUGGGCUGCUUUGGCCUGACAGAGCCCAACCAUGGCAGUGACCCUGGCAGCAUGGAGACUAGGGCCAAGUACAACCCAUCCUGCCGCACUUUCACCCUAACCGGCUCCAAGACAUGGAUCACAAACUCUCCUGUGGCAGAUAUCUGUGUGGUGUGGGCCAAGUGUGACGAUGGUAAAGUGCGUGGCUUCAUCCUGGAGCGAGGAAUGAAGGGUCUCACCACGCCCAAGAUUGAGGGGAAGUUCUCCCUGCGGGCCUCCUCAACGGGCAUGAUUGUCAUGGAUGAUGUGGAGGUGCCAGAGGAGAACCUGCUGCCCAACGUGUCCGGCCUGAGGGGUCCAUUUGGCUGUUUGAAUAAUGCUCGCUAUGGGAUCGCCUGGGGAGCACUGGGAGCAGCAGAGUUCUGCUUCCACACAGCUCGCCAGUAUACACUGGACAGGACUCAGUUUGGCGUGCCAUUGGCCAGAAACCAGUUGAUGCAGAAGAAGUUGGCUGACAUGCUGACAGAGAUCACCAUUGGGCUACAGUCCUGUCUGCAGCUGGGCAGGCUCAUAGAUCAGAAAAAAGCAUCUCCAGACAUGAUCUCCAUGCUGAAGAGGAACAGCUGUGGGAAGGCCCUGGACAUUGCCAGACAGUCUCGCGACAUGCUGGGGGGUAACGGCAUCGCAGACGAGUAUCAUAUAAUCCGCCAUGUCAUGAACCUGGAGGCUGUCAAUACUUAUGAAGGUACCCAUGAUAUCCAUGCCCUAAUCCUGGGCAGAGCCAUCACAGGUCUACAGGCCUUUACUGUGGAGAAAUAAAUCCCCAACUUUGCUGCGACCACUAGGAAACAUGUAAUACAUAAAAUGCUGCUGAUUUUUAGUUAAGAAUGUUAAUGUCUUUCAAACAGCAUGCCGUACAAGUAAUUAAAAUAUUUGAAACUGAUGAUCAACAGAAGCUCAGACUAUAGCUAAUCUCUUAUUUAAAAGCAGUCAAAUUAAUUACUUUAGUCUUCAAAACAAAUAACUAUUUUUAUACUCUGUAAAAAUCUAACUCAAUAAGCAUUGAUAUUGUUACUUUGCUGCACUUGAAUUAAAUAAAAAGUGAGUGCAACAUUUGUUGCUAUAUUUGGGGCCUA